CCGCCAUUGGUCCGUUUGGAAGCAAGUGAAACGGCGCACCGGCAGCAAGGCGUUCCAUGUCCCUUGUCGGCAUGGUGAGUCGAUGAGCGUGGAUCAUUCCCUGUAGUCGGCAACAAACCACACAACCCACCCAGCCUAAUGGCAUGUCCUGCAAUCUCCCGCUCAAGUCGUUCCAUCGCGUCGCGUAUUCUCGUCACAUCGCCACGCAAUUGUCGCCUAGCUUCCUAUCGCAACCACGCGCCCUCUGCAAUCAAGGUAUUCCCCGAACCAGUGCAGCUUUCGACAUCAAGUGGACUCCUUCAACUCCCAUUGUCCCCGUUUGGUGCGGCGGCGGUAGUUGGCACCACCGCGUUGGGCCUGGGGAAGUUACUGAGCCCUGAUGCGCAAUCCCGAGCGGAGUCGAUCUUGCCUCCACCCCCAACCAUGUCCCCAAAGACAGCAGCAACUAUACAUCCAGCUGCCGACUGGGACCUCGCUGACGAGAUCGGGUCGGGCGCAUUUGGCGUAGUACGGCUCGGCAUCCGUCGUACGACGGGCGAAGUCUGCGCUAUCAAGAUGCUCAAAGAUUCACGAGAUGCUUCAUUGCAGCGCGAGUUGGAAGCUCUGCAGUGGAUCAAGGCCCAAGGUGGCCACAAAAACAUUGUGGACCUCAAGGGCGUCUUCGAGCACGACGGCAAGACGUGCAUCGUAACCGAGCUUGUGUCGGGGGGCGAGCUCUUUAACCACAUUGUCAAGUACGGCGCGUUCGACGAACCGCAUGCGCGGAAAAUGAUGCACGACAUCGUCGAGGCCGUUGCUUUCCUGCACGACCACGGCCUCGUUCACAAGGACUUGAAGCCGGAGAACGUCCUGUUAAGGUUUAAAGACAAACGCUACGACAACCACGCAAAACUCGUCGACUUUGGCAGCGCCGGCCCUCCAUCUCCCGCGGUGGGUACUGACACAGACAUUGGCACGACAGUGUACUUGCCGCCGGAAGUGCUGCGGCGAGGCGACUGCACUCCCGCCGCGGACGUCUGGGCCAUGGGAUGCAUUCUGUACAUCGUGCUGACGGGACGCCAUCCGUUUGACAUUGACGGAACGGCCCCUGAAAAGACGAUCGAAAGCCGCAUCCGCAGGGGCCAUGUUACGUUCAAACAUGCCGCAUGCAAGCACUUGUCCGCCGAAGCCAAGGACUUGAUCCAUCAAAUGCUGCAGAAGGACCCCGAUCUCCGGCCAUCGGCGAAGCAAGUAUUGGCGCACCCGUGGAUGCAGCAGUUCCAACAGCAACAGGUUGUCCAGGCAGUACUGGAUGUCGUCAUGAUGGGGGCCGCUACGACAAGCCAACCUCGCAUCGACGCGAUGCCAAACAAGAUCACCGAAUUGUAGGCUUCUAGCGGGCAUGCGGCGCCUGACUUGGAAAACUUUGGAUCUAUUUAACCCGCCAAACACGAAGAAUUCUGCCACUCGACAUGAAAACAACCUGCUUCCAAAUGGACAUUUUCUCGUAAAAUCGUGUUGAACUGCACGUGUGUGCAAGCAUUUGGACACGUCAAGCAUGACUGUACUGCCGUUCGAACGCUGGAAGUGUGCCGUGGACAAGGGAGACUCCCAGCGUGCUCCACUGGUUAUCUGGCUCAUGGAUAUGGUCGAUAUUGAGAUACAUUCACGAACCUGUGUUGCUUACUUGAGGUAAGUGAGGUUGCUUGACGACUUAACAUACACGCCUUGGCAGGCCACAGUUUCCUUGAAGCCCAUACAAGUAGGCUGUAACACCCUGCCACACGAGCAACUCGACCGCAUAGCGCGACGAGUGGUGGCCAGUGGGGCAAAUCGUCAUGAAGCAGCAAUGUUCAAAAUCCAC